AUGCCCAAACUCCCCCCCCCCUACCGCCCCGACUUCACCACCGAAACCUCCCUCCCCAUCGACCUCAUCUCCGCCUCCUACCUCGCCUUCCUCACCACAACCCUCGCCCUCAUCCUCCUCGGCUGCCUCCUCAUCUUCCUCCUCCGCCUCUCCGUCCUCUUCGACCGCCGCCUCGCCCGCGACGGCUUCGUCGGCGGCGUGCCACGCGAAGAGAAGAUCCUCCAGCGCUGCAAGGAGAGGGGGCAUCGCGUGUGUCGCGAGCGGGGGGUGUGGGAUGUUGGGGUGCGUGGGGGUCCGCCGGUGAGAGAGUACGAGGGGGAAAGCGUGGAGGAAAAGCGGAAAGGGAAGAAGUUGCGCUUUUUGCCGGUGCCGGAGGUUAUACCGUUUUCACCUGCGGAGGGGGAUGUACCAGUGACGAGAAAGAAGGAGAAUAAGGGGAAGGGGAAGGGGAAGGAGAGACAGCGUGCGAGGAGCCAUAGUAGCCAUAUCAGCAGCGGCCACCGCACGAGCGAGGAGUGGGGGACAUUCAGUUCCGCUAGUGUCACUGGGGUGACGGCGCGGAGGCGCGCGUCAUCGAUGACUUUGGAGAGUGGAGACUGGGCAUGGCCGCCGCGGAGAAGGACGAGCGCGGACUGGGUGAAGGGUGGGGAGGAGGAGCCUAUGAGAUUUUUCGGGGCGGGGUCGUGGAUUGGGAGAGUGAAGAACAGGGGUGAGAUGCGGAGUGGGAGUGUGAGUGUGAUUGAGGGAAGGGUGUUGGGAGAGAGAGAGGGUGGUGGAGCUGUAUGAGUGGGACAUGGCGAUGAUAGAUGAGAUGGUGCUGGUACACCUGAGUAAUUCUUAGCAAGCACGGGGAGCGAGUAG